UCAAUUUCCGCUAAGCUAUUUCGCAUAGCGGUGCUCGAUAACGACAAACUUAGCGUAGUGCUAGUGGUGCCCGGUGGACCGCCAUUUUGUUUCGUCAAACACGGCGUAGUGAAAAUUAAACCAACGCACAGCCAGAUUUUAUAAAAAUUUAAGAAAACAGUUGUAUAUUUCGUCAAAGUUAAAUUUAGAAGUUCUGUAUAUUUAUUACAGUUAUGUCAGGAGGCAGUAGUGCAAACCGGAAUGAGUGCAGAAUAUACGUAGGAAACCUACCCCCUGAUAUAAGGACAAAGGACAUUCAAGAUCUAUUUUAUAAGUUUGGCAAAGUUACAUUCGUUGAUUUGAAAAACAGAAAAGGCCCUCCAUUCGCUUUUGUGGAAUUCGAAGAUCCGAGAGAUGCAGAUGAUGCUGUUAGAGCUAGAGAUGGCUAUGACUAUGAUGGAUACAGGCUGAGAGUGGAGUUUCCACGUGGUGGUGGAGGUGGUGGUGGCAGGGGUGGCCGUGGUGGUGGUGACAGAUUUGGGGGCAGACCUGCUGCACGAGGCCCACCUGCUAGGAGGUCAGAGUACAGGGUCAUGGUUACUGGACUACCACCAUCAGGUUCAUGGCAGGAUCUAAAAGACCACAUGCGUGAGGCAGGCGAUGUGUGUUUUGCUGACACUUUCAAAGAUGGUUCUGGUGUGGUGGAGUUCCUUCGUCAUGAAGAUAUGAAAUAUGCUGUCAAGAAGCUUGACGACUCACGUUUCCGCAGUCACGAGGGUGAAGUAUCAUACAUCCGAGUGAAGGAAGACUAUGGGAACAAUGAUCGUUACAGUGGAGAUAGAGACAGGUCCAGGUCAUACUCUCCUCGACGUGGUCGCGGCUCACCGACGUACUCGCCCGUUCGUCGCUCGUACUCACGGGACCGCAGCCGCUCACGGGACCACGCCUACUGAACGCCGGUCCGUAUAAAAUAAUUAUUGUAAGAAGAAUUUAAAGCUUUUAGCAAAUCCAAGUAUUUAAGCAGAAGUUUCACUUGAAUUUUUAUUCAUGUAAAGAACUUUUUAAAUGUCCACAUCUAAAGCUGUUGUUUCAUCAUGUUGCAUCUCCUCGAGAUGGAUAUAAAUACAAGUAUUACUGACUAUAAUUAGAAGCUUCCAAAGGAAUCACAAGUAAGUUAAGAAACUUAUAAUUUGCAUUAGUAUCUGGGUAUUGUCAGAAGUACAAAUUAACAGCUUAAAUAAAAGUUUUAAAUAUGCUUUUCUAAAACGAAUAAUCUUGUUUCUAAUUUUAAAAGGUACAAUUUUCUCUAAGAAUGUUUGAUUAUGCUAUGUUGUUUUACUUUGUUUGUAAAUAAGAGAAAAAUAAAAUCUGUUUACGGUCAAAACUCUUAAGGCAAGAUUCAGAAACGAGAUUUAGCGCGAACUAUGUCUUCCAUAUGUUUAAAUCCAAUAAUGUUUGACAUACGUGAGUCACACUUAGUGCUAAGUCUCGAAUAUUUUAGAGAAAGUAGUUCCUAUUGGUUUUGAGAAUAAUUUUCAUUAGUAAUCUUUAAUAGAGUAGAGAGAAAAUCAUGAGUUAACAAGUAGUGUAUGUAUUGAAGGUUAUGUUUAUCGACAGCUGGCGCGCGGCGGGCGGCGGCUACUGCGGCGACUUCUAAUCGCUUUAUAUACACUACAUACACCCCUCAAACUUCACUCAUUCAAAUGUGUUAGAUUUCUGCUCUACUGGGCUGUGACGUACUACUAAACUAUGUAGACAAAAUUUUAUUGCAAUGUGUGUACUAUAAAUUGAGUUUGUCGAUCGACGAUUUAUAUUUUAAUGAUAAGUUAUUAACGUAAACAACAUGAAUAGGGUUUUAGAACUAUUUAAUUAACGACACAGGCCAGUUACUCUGCAACUACAGACUUUUAGUUAUAAAAUUGUAUUUGUGCAGCGACAGCGAUUAGCUACCAUUAACGUAAAGGAACAUUGCCAAAGUGUACACAAAUAGGAAAAUGUAAUGUUUGAUUAUAUAUUUGUUACACGUUGACAACUUUCUAUAUAAUUCGCUGUCGGCGCAAACGUGUAGCAAUCGUGUAAGAAGUUGGUAAUAAGAUAAUAAACAGUUGUUUUUUUGUUUCAUCCACUGUGGAUCGGAUCUGAUCGGAUUGGGCUCGUUGUGGCGUUUGGUGGUCCUGAGAUGUGAGGGAUCUCUAGGAUACGAUAGGAUUCAAACGAAAGGAUAGGACGCGCGCACUCACCGCUCCAAGGAUUUCGGGAUCUCGUGGAUCUGGAUUUUGGGAUCUUAGCGGAUCAGGAUAUCGGGAUCUUACUGGAUUUACGGAUUUUAAAGGAUUUAUUCAUUUCGUUCAGCACGGAUCACGGAUCUUUGGUAUGAUUUUGAAUUUAUUGCAAAAUAACUUUGUUGAGUGCACGCUCCGAUUGUUUUUUGCUUUUCGAUGUGACGCGGAGACCCGCUUCGCUCAUUACAUACGUCAAUAGUCUAGAGCUAACGUGUCAUACGAGCAUGCUUGAGCUUAACCUCUCUCCGAGCAGACGACUCACGGCAGCUUAAUGGGCCCUAGGGGUGCAGAUAGGGUACUCGACAAGAUAGGAAUAUUGCGGUUUAGUUUGAAAUUUGACAAUGUAAACGGUACAUUUUAAAAUUUGCGGUCAUAAUAAUUAGUGUAUAACCUCCGUAAAGCUGGUAACGGGCCUAAUUCUACUCCCGAAAUUACACCGACCAAUCGGAGUGGAUUUUACUAACAUCGCGCUUGUGAUUGGUCGAUGUCAACCUAAUAAAAUACGCAGUAAAUUAAUUUCGGUAGUUUUUUAAAUAGAUUUGACGACGAGUGUGUAUUGUAUAUUAUAAUAGAUACGUCUGCAUUCCAACAACUUUAGUUUGAUGGAUUUUAAUAAAUAUUCAAAAAUA